AUGGCACAGAAUGUAUUUAUUGUAGCUGCUAAAAGAACUGCUUUUGGAGCUUUUGGUGGUACGCUAAAGAAUUAUACAGCGACCGAACUUGGUGGAAUUGCUGCAAAGGCUGCUGUUAAUACUUUACCAAAAGACGUUCCAAUUGAUUCCGUGAUAUUUGGUAACGUUUGCCAUACCGAUAGCACCGCGGCUUAUUUAGCUCGUCAUGUUGGACAUCGUGCUAGCUUGCCUGUUCAUGUGCCAGCAUUAACGAUAAAUCGAUUGUGUGGUAGUGGAUUUCAAUCAGUUAUUAAUGCCGUUCAUGAAAUUCGAGUUGGUGAUGCAAAUGUUGUAUUAACUGGUGGAACGGAAAGUAUGAGUAAAUCGCCUUAUACCCUUAAUGACGCCCGUUGGGGAACUCGUUAUGGGGUUGAUCUCAAGUUAGAGGAUUCGUUGGCUGCUGCUUUGGUUGAUCAAUAUCCGUCAAAAACACCGAUGGGUAUUACAGCUGAAAAUCUAGGCGAGAAAUAUAAUAUUACUCGUGAACAAGCGGAUGAAUACGCGUUAAGUAGUCAAAAACGUUGGGCGGCUGCUAAUGAAGCCGGACGGUUUAAACAAGAAAUUGUACCUAUUGAAAUUAAAACGAGAAAGGGUGUUGAAAUAUUUGACACGGAUGAACAUCCUCGUCCAAAAACUACGAUAGAAUCACUUGCAAAGCUUGCUCCAGUAUUUAAAAAAGAUGUCGGCCUCGUUACUGCUGGCAACGCCUCUGGCAUAAGUGAUGGUGCCGGAGCGAUAAUCGUUGCUGGUGAAAAUGCUGUAAAGGGAUUCAAGUUAACUCCUUUAGCGAGAAUCGUUAGUUAUUUCUCAACGGGGGUCGAACCUACCAUUAUGGGAAUUGGUCCGGUUCCUGCUAUAAGAAGGGUUUUAGAGAAAGCCAAAUUGAAUCUUAAUGAUAUUGGACUAAUUGAAGUUAACGAAGCUUUUGCUGCUCAAUAUUUAGCAGUGGAAAAAGAAUUAGGAUUAGAUCGUAGCAUUACAAAUGCUAAUGGUGGAGCUAUCGCUUUGGGUCAUCCACUUGCUGCGUCAGGUUCUCGCAUCUUGGCGCAUUUGGUUAAUGAGUUACAUAGAACCAAAAUACAAUAUGCCAUUGGAUCCGCUUGUAUUGGUGGCGGUAUUGCGAUUAUCCUUGAACGCGUUUAA